AUGGAUACCGUCAACGUCGCCGAAUUGGUGGAGCGCCUGGGGAGCGAUGAGGAUGCCGUGCGCAAAAUGGCCGUCUUCAAGCUCCAAAGCAACAUUGGCGACCCAUCCUUUGCCGACAUCUUUAUGACGGAGGGGGGAUUGACUCGCUUGCGAUAUCUGACCCUGCACGCCAGCGGCAAUACCCUGGCUUAUAGCCUCACGAGCUUCGCCCGCCUCCUGGAGGUCGACAAGGGCUGGGAGUGCGUCGACCAGGAGUUGGUCGAACGAAUUGUUGAAUUGAUCGUGACCCAUCCCCUCGUCAACAUCCUCCGAGGUGCCAUGUCGAUACUCGUCUCCAUAGUCUCACAUCCACACGCGGGGAGCCGCGCCUCUGAAGCAGACCUUUUUGGUUUCCGGGCCCUCAAACCAGCCAUUGCGAUUUAUCCCCAGUUCUUGGAGAUGCUGGUGAGCCGGCUGUCCUCGGCCGAUCACGCCUUGUGUGCCAAUGCGCUCCAGUUGAUCAAUUCCCUGAUGCGCGAUUCCAUCACCUUCGACUCUGAAGCCGAGUGGCCCAAGUUUAUUCAGAAAUUACAGGACCUAGGAGUCAUCCGGGCAGUCUAUGUCCUCAUGCAGGACUCGGCUCUUCAGGAUCUGGCACACCCGCUCCUCGAGUUUCAGUCUCUCACGAAGGUGCUCCUUCGCAAAUGGCGGGACAUACCCCUAAAUCAAGAGACGCCCGAGCACCGAAGAGCGCUAAAGGGUAUCUACGUGGCUAGCAAUCCGGCGAAGGGCGGCGUCGAUGAGGCUGCAGAAAACAGCGAUGAUUCACGACGCUCCAAGCGACACCAUCCGGACAAGUGGCGCCGGUUGGGCUUCGAGUCGGAGAGUCCUGCGGCCGAGUUCAGCGAAGUGGGAUUUCUAGGCAUGAUGGAUCUAGCGGACUAUGUCCGCAGCCACCAGGAUGAGUUCCAGAAGAUACUCCUCGAGCAGUCCACGAAGCCAGCGCGCCAGCGAUGCCCGAUUGCCCGAGCCUCCUUGGCCGUGACAUCCAUCUUAUAUGAGCACUUUGAGGUGGACAAAUCGGAGAUGGACGAUUCCAAGAAUUACAUGAUGCUGGAGUCACGUUCCAACUUUGAUAAAUUGUUCAAGCCUCUGCUGCUGCACUGGACCCGAUUGCAUGUAGCAGGCUUGCAGGCCUUUUUCCGCCUGUGGAAAGCGACUACUGCGGAGACAGAGGAUCUGGACAAGCUCGUCGAGCUGGUUCGCAUUCUGAUCGAGUCCGUCGUGGGCGGUGCCGGUCGGACCAAGGAUGUCCAGGAUGUGGAGGAGGAGCUGGCCAGCUUCGAAUACCAUCGGCUGCGGGAGCUGCAGAUGGAGCUUCUUGAGCUCACCUAUGAGGAUGCCUGGGGCCAGCACUUACGUCAAGUGCGCGAGGAACUCCAUCACGAGGCCCUGCAGUUUGUCAAGGAACAGCGCAUUCGAUGCCUGCUCCAAGGUGCCUGGUUCUCUCUCGAGUCCCAUUCCAAGUCGGAUUCGGGGCCCGCAUCCAGGUCCACGGCUUCACACCAAUAUGUACAAUUAUCGCAUAACCGGCGGUACCUUCAUUUUGGCGAUUUCGAUUCUGUGGGCGACAGAGCCCCAGAGCUGGAUGCGCUGCCCGAAAAAAUCGAUCUAUCCAUCGUUUCCUCGGUAGUCUCCAAUAUCUCGACCAGUCCCGAUCACUCGUCCUCGUCCACUGUGAAGACUGCGCCUCGCCAGGCUUCCACCAAGAUUACCAUUCACGGCUAUGCGCCAUCGUCGUCAGAGCAUUCGAAGAGUCACGGUCAUACCCGAACGGGCAGCAAAUCCACCCAGAAGGAAGUGGUUCUCCUGACUCUCCGGCCGGCCAGCCACAGCGUAGCGUCCGAGUGGCUGGAUGGCCUCCUCAUGCUUCUCAACCAGCAACCUAUCACCGCGGAGACGACCAAGCUCAUUGAUCUGGUCGGCAACUAUGGGCUCAAGAUUCGCCUUCUCAAUGUUCGGUUUGACGAUGCGACCUUCGCGGGCGAGGCCCCUCCUGUGCCCGUGCGGGAAGGCCUAGAUGAGGAUUACUAUUACGAUGUCUUUGGUGGUGCCUAG